AUGCACUGUUGUCCGGAGCAUAUCUUCAGUCUCCAAAGGCAGUUACGUCAAGCAAAACUUGCAAUAGCUGCUCGUCUCACUGACUAUCUUGUCGUUGACUGUGCAUUUGCGGAUGAAUACGAUCAGAACGAACUUUACUACGAACGAUUGCAAUUGAAAAUUCAUUCGUGCUUCACUUCACUCUAUCGAUAUCAUUCGCCUUCGUUUGUCAUCCUAUGUAAUGUCUAUGCAAAUGAAAAAGCCAAAUCUUUAAGAAAUAGUCCUUAUUGCCACUCAACGUCGCUCUCCUACACGGAUCUAUUUCCACGAGAACAACUUGUCUAUCUGUCACCUGAUUCGCCUAAUGUCAUGAGUGAAUAUGAACACAAUGUGAUCUAUAUCCUCGGUGGAAUUUUUCAAAAAACGAAAACGGAACAGUUGACGUUAGAAAAAGCUCAAUCAGAACGAAUCCGUCAUCAGUCAUUACCAUUACAGCGAUAUCUCAAACUCUCAUCCAAUGCAAGUUCGGUACUAUCGUUGAAUCAAGUGUAUAACAUCCUAAUGACUUUGAAACAUACGAAUAACAAUUGGUGCGAAGCUUUGAAAUGUAUACCAGAACGUUGUCGUUCUCGAUAG